AUGGAGGGGCUGCGGGCGCUUCUGCUGCUGGCGGGCGGCGCGGGCGGCGGGGGACACCCGCAUCCCUGCCGGCGUCCGACCCCCCGGGGCCGCCCGCCCCGAGCCCGGUCCCCGCCGGUGCGCCUGCGGGCGCUGCUGCGCCGGCCGCCUCCGCGCCCGCUCCGCGCCGCGCUGGCCCGGGCCGCCGGUACCGGGCCCGGGGGGAACCCCGGCAGCGGCCGCUUGCCCACAACCUCAGCCUGGAGGUGUGGGGGGCGCGGCCCGGCAGCGAGGGACCCCGCUCGCUGGCGCGGUGCGCUGUGCGGGGCUCCGGGACGCGGCGUGGCCGCCGUCCUGGCGCUGCCGCCCUCCCGCCCGGGAGCAUGCUGCCCAGCUCCGACUUUCCUCGCCGCCGCCCUCCAGGUCCCUUUCGUUCAGCAUCCCUGGAACACCCGCGGGCCGCUGCCCUUCCCGAGCGCAAACCCCUUCCACUUCCACAUGGACCGGCAGAGCUCACUGGAGACUCUGGUGGACGUGCUGGUGAGCAUCCUGCAGGCCAGUAACUGGCAGGAGACCAGCCUGGUGCUCUGCCACCCCUGGGACGUCGCCGGCUUCCUCAACCUCUGGGCCCAACGCUCCCAGCUCUUCCUGCGCACCGUCCUGGACCUGGGCUACCUGGAUGAGCCCAGGGCCACCCGCUACCUGCAGCAGCACAGGGAGCAUGUCAGGACCCUCUCCAGCCCGGUGCUGGUGCUGGGCUGCGACUUGCCCCGUGCUCGGCUCGUCUUCCAGGCAGCCGAGGAGUCGGGGCUGCCAACGCUAAGGAAUUUCCACUGGAUGCUGGGCUCCCCGCUCGGCGCAAACGAGCUGCAGACCGAGGGGCUGCCGGGGCUGCUGGCCUUCGGUGAGGUCAACCGGCCGCCGCUGGAGCUCUUUGUUCAGGACGCGGUGGGAUUGGUGUCCCGGGCCAUCGCCCGCGCCGCCCGCGGCCACCCCGACCCCGCCCUGCUGCAGACCACGAGCAACUGCAGCGAGAGGCACCGGGCGAGUGGCGAGUCCCCGGGGCUGUUCCUUGCCAGGUUCCUGGCCAACACGUCCUUCCGUGGUCAGACGGGGCUGGUGCGUGUGGAGAAGGCGGCGCUGGUGCGGCCGGAGCAGCAGUUCCAUGUCUGGAGCCUGCGUCGGGACUCUCGGGGGGACCCCACCUGGGUGACAGUGGGCACCUGGAGCCAUGGCAAGCUGGAGCUGGAGGAGGGCAUGUGGCAGAGCCAGCGGCAGCACAAGAGCCCCAGCGAAGCAGCCGGGGGGGCCCGGGCGCGGCUGCGCGUGGUGACGCUGGUGGAGCACCCCUUCGUCUUCACCAGGGAGGUGGAUGAGGAAGGGAACUGCCCGGCCGGGCAGCUCUGCCUGGACCCCGGCACCAACGACUCGGCCGUGCUGGACACCCUCUUCGAGGAGCUCGGCGCCGGCAAUGGCUCGGUGCCGCGGGCGUACAAGAAGUGCUGCUACGGGUACUGCAUCGACCUGCUGGAGAAGCUGGCCGAGGACAUGGCCUUUGACUUCGAGCUCUACAUCGUGGGCGAUGGGAAAUACGGGGCCUGGAAGAACGGGCGCUGGACGGGACUGGUGGGGGACCUGCUCAGUGGCACAGCCCACAUGGCCGUCACCUCCUUCAGCAUCAACUCUGCGCGGAGCAAAGUCAUCGACUUCACCAGCCCCUUCUUCUCCACCAGCCUGGGCAUCCUGGUGAGGACCAAGGACACGGCGUCGCCCAUCGGAGCCUUCAUGUGGCCCCUGCACUGGACCAUGUGGGUGGGCGUCUUCGUGGCACUGCACAUGACGGCACUUUUCCUCACCCUCUACGAGUGGAAGAGCCCCUACGGCAUGACCCCCCACGGCCGCAACCGCAUGAAGAUCUUCUCCUACUCCUCAGCCCUCAACCUGUGCUAUGCCAUCCUCUUUGGGCGCACUGUCUCCAGCAAGACACCCAAGUGCUGCACCGGCCGCUUCCUCAUGAACCUCUGGGCCAUCUUCUGCCUCCUGGUGCUCUCCAGCUACACGGCCAACCUGGCGGCCGUCAUGGUGGGGGACAAGACCUUCGAGGAGCUCUCGGGCAUCCACGACCCAAAGCUGCAUCACCCCUCGCAGGGCUUCCGCUUCGGCACGGUGUGGGAGAGCAGUGCUGAGGAGUACAUCAAGAAGAGCUUCCCUGAGAUGCACGAGUACAUGCGGCGCUACAACGUCCCCACCACCCCCGACGGCGUCACCAUGCUCAAGACAGAGCCCCCAAAACUCAAUGCCUUCAUCAUGGACAAAUCCCUGCUGGACUACGAGGUCUCCAUCGACUCCGACUGCAAACUGCUCACCGUGGGCAAACCCUUUGCCAUCGAAGGCUACGGCAUCGGCCUCCCCCAGAACUCGCCGCUGACCUCCAACGUCUCCGAGUUCAUCAGCCGCUACAAGUCCUCGGGGUUCAUCGACCUCCUGCACGACAAGUGGUACAAGAUGGUGCCCUGUGGGAAGCGCGUCUUCGCCGUCACCGAGACCCUGCAGAUGGGCAUCUACCACUUCUCGGGGCUGUUCGUGCUGCUGUGCAUCGGGCUCAGUGGCUCUCUGCUCACCUCGCUGGGCGAGCACGUCUUCUACCGCCUGGUCCUGCCCCGCAUCCGGCGCAAGAAGAAAUUCAACUACUGGCUGCACACGAGCCAGAAAAUCCAUCGGGCUCUGAACAUGGGCACGGAGGAGAGGAAGAGCCAGCAGCUGAAUUUGGAGCAGAGGGGUGAGCCCCAGCCCAGGCCGGCACCGGCAGCAGCACAGCCCUGGAGUGCCCUGCGGAAGGAGGCCCGGCGGGUGCGAUUCCAGCUGGACAAAGCCCCCCCCGAGGGUGAGGGGUCCCCACGGCACCCCGGGAACGGGCAGGCACCGCAGCCCCCGGACAGGGCAGCCAGCAAGAGCGAGCUCCGGGAGCUGGAGGAGAAGAUCCAGGAGAUGCGGGAGCAGCUGCGCGCGGCCCUGCUGAGGAAGAGCGAGCUGGUGGCCGUGCUGGGCACAGCCAAGGGUGGCCGGGCACUGCCCGCCCUGCUGGCCCCCGAGGAGCCCCAGGAGGAGAGGCCCAGCUCAGCCCCACCGCAGGACGGCAGCGAUUAG